AGAAGGAGCCGCUCAGGAUCGGGCCGUGCUGGGAAUUGGCCGAUGGAUGGGGGGGAGGCUCUGCGCAUGCGCGCCAAGGUCCCCCAGGGCAUCCUAGCCCCUCCAAGAGGGAGGAAGGGAGUUGAGGGUCCCUGGUUGCCCCCCCCCCCCCAGAAAAACUGAUGGAGGCCACAAAACAGCCUGAGACCUCCCCUCCAAAAGGGGCUGCCUGGCAGCAGAAGCAGCCCCUAAAGACCCUCCCUGGGUGGAGGCAGAAGUCCCAGCCUGCAGAGGACGCGAUGCCCCUGCCCAGCUGGGCAAGGAAGACGGGCACGGAGGCCCCUCCAAGCAGAGCCCUGGAUUGUCUCUAAAGGGGAGGCUCCUGGCCAGAUUCCCUGCCGGAAAGGAGAUGGAGAUGAAACGGCUCAGCCUCUCCCUGGUGCUGGUCCUCUUCCUUGUCCUGGCCUUGCAAAUCUUGUCGGCUGUCGAUUUUGACCCGUAUCGGAUCCUGGGCGUCAGCAGGACUGCGAGCCAGGCGGAUAUUAAAAAAGCCUACAAGAAACUCGCCCGGGAGUGGCAUCCAGACAAGAAUAAAGACCCAGGAGCGGAAGACAAGUUUAUACAAAUCAGCAAAUCCUACGAGAUCCUGUCCAAUGAGGAGAAGCGGUUGAAUUUUGACCGUUACGGCGACGUGGGCGAGAACCAGGGCUUCCCGCACCAGCAGCAGCAGGCGCAGCACCGCCACGCGCACCCCUUCCACGAGAGCUUCUACUUCGACGAGUCUUUCUUCCACUUCCCCUUCAACUCGGAGCGCCACCAGGACCCCAUCGACGAGAAGUACCUGCUGCACUUCUCCCACUAUGUCAACGAGGUCGUUCCCGAGAGCUUCCGGAAGCCUUACCUGAUCAAGAUCACCUCCGACUGGUGCUUCAGCUGCAUCCACAUCGAGCCCGUCUGGAAGGAGGUGGUGCAGGAGCUGGAGGCGCUGGGUGUGGGGAUCGGUGUCAUCCACGCGGGCUACGAGCGGCGCCUGGCCCAGCACCUUGGAGCACACAGCACUCCGUCCAUCCUGGGCCUGAUCAAUGGGAAGGUCACCUUCUUCCACAAUGCGGUCGUCCGGGAGAACCUCCGGCAGUUUGUGGAGAGCCUGCUCCCUGGGGCGCUGGUGGAGAAGAUUAUGGACAAGAACUACGUCCAGUUCCUGUCCAGCUGGAAGAAGGAGAACAAACCUCACGUCCUGCUCUUUGACCACAUGCCCCUGGCACCCCUCCUCUACAAGCUCACGGCCUUCGCGUACAGAGACUACCUCUCCUUCGGCUACGUGUACGUGGGGCUCCGGGGCACCGAGUCACUUUCCCGGCAAUACAACAUCAACGUCUACACGCCCACCAUGAUGGUCUUCAAGGAGCAGAUUGAGAAGCCGGCUGACGUCAUCCAGGCUCGCCACAUGAGGAAGCAGCUGAUCGAUGACUUCCUGUCCCAGAACAAAUUUCUCCUGGCCUCCCGCCUGACCAGCCAGAAGCUCUUCCAGGAAUUGUGUCCUGUGAAGAAAUCUCACCGUCAGCACAAGUACUGCGUGGUCCUGGUCACGGGCGAAGGGGAGAAGUACGCAGAGGGCUACGAGGCCUUCCUGGCCUUCGCUGUAGCCAACACGAAGGAGACCCUGCGGUUUGUCCACAUCUACGGCGACAACCAGCCGGACUUUGUCCGCACUCUGCUCCAGGGGGACGCCUGGUUUCGGGCCAAAUCAGCUGUACUGAUCCUGGAGAGACGCACCAACUCCGGGCAGGUGGUGUUCAAGGCCCUGGAGAAGCCCUGGACGGGCACCGAGGAGGGCACCUUCACACUGCUGGACUUCCUGGACCAGCUGAGGAUGGAUGCCUCCUUCCUCUCCUCCCAGGCUGUCCUGAUGGACCUGACAGACGAACUGGCACCUGUUUUCUUCCUCCGGUGGGCCUACUCUGCUGUGGACUACGCCGUGGACUGCUGGGAGAGCCUCUUCCGCAGCAACUGGCGGGAGAUGAUGCCUUUGCUGUCCCUCAUCUUCUCGGCGCUUUUCAUCCUCUUUGGGACGGUGAUCGUGCAGGCCUUCAGUGAUUCAAGUGAUGAGAGGGAUUUGCCUCCCCCCAAGAAGGAGGACCCUCCCCCCAAGAGCGAGAAGAACGACAUGAGCUUCACCAAAGAAGACAGCCCAGCACUGCCUUGCAGGAUUCCCAAAAAGUACUCGGUGAAAGUGACGGAGCUGACGGACAUCACCUACACCAGCAACCUGGUGCGGCUGAGGCCCGGCCACAUCAACGUGGUCCUGAUCCUGUCCAAUGCCACCAAGACCCCUCUGCUGCAGAGGUUCGCUCAGGAGGUCUUCACUUUCACUGGGAGCAACUGCCUCCAUUUCUCCUUCCUGAGCCUGGACAAGCACCGGGAGUGGCUGGAGUAUGUGCUGGAGUUUGCGCAGGACGCGGCCCCCAUCCCCAACCAGUACGACAAGCACUUCCUGGAGCGCGACUACGCCGGCUACGUCCUGGCCCUCAAUGGCCACAAGAAGUACUUCUGCCUCUUCCGGCCCCCCCAGCCUGAGGAGGGUCCCUGCGAGGACGAGACAGCUGAGUCGGCAGAGGCAUGGGGCAGGCCCUCUUCGGCAUCAGGCAGCCUGCGGGGCGUGAAGAGCAAGCUGCAGCGGCUGUCCUUCUGGAUGGAGCGGCUGCUGGAGGGGUCCCUGCAGAGAUUUUACAUCCCCUCCUGGCCCGCCUUAGACUGAACCCCCAUUAAAGUCCUCCCAGAAAGGCUGAGAGGCGGCUGGGUUACUGCAGGCUCGGAAGGAGGGACCCCUGGAGCCUCUCGGGAGGGCCAAUAGACUGUAGCGUUUAGAUGACCUCUCCUAGGCCUGGUGAGUUAGAAACCGCGUCCUUGCCCUCGGGGCCGCCUGAGCAGGAAGGCGCUGACCGGCCCCCUGGCACCAAAUAGUCCAGACUGUCUCAGGGGAGGCUGGGCAGGGGGUGUGUGUGGCUCUGCCUCCUCUUCCUCCUCCCCCCCCCCGGCUCCCCCAGCUUCGAGGAGUCUGCAGGAGCUGCUGCUGCUCUUAGAACUCUUGGCCUACCGAUUUACGGCUGCUGCUCCUUCGAAGAUGGGCUUUGUUGUCUCCCCAGACCGUCCACUGGUGGUUUGUUCAGGCCUGUCCUCCCCCUGCAUGCACCAAGGCCUGUCCUCCCCCCCCCACUUACUUCUGGCGGGAGAGGCUCCCCUUGAUCGGACGAUAGGACAGGCCACCCCCACUCCAGCCUCCAGUCUGGGGAAUGUGCAGAAUGAAGCAGAUCCACGAGCCCUUUUCCUCCUCCUGUCUCUUCCGUGGCCGUCUGUGUCAGGCUGUCUAGUCUAGAGCCCUAAGCCGGCUGCUCUGCGCCCACCCCCCAAAUCCCUUUGGCAACCAUGGGGGUGGGGAGGGGGCAGGGAAGAUCUCUUGAGGGUCCUGGAUCCCGUCUGUGGGAAGCAGGGCCAGGGUCCCUCCGUCCAGCUCUUCCAUUUCGGUUGCUUUUGUUUACAAUUUUGUGCAGCUGCCUCUUUUACCUCUUUUUUUGCCCUCGGGAUGGGGCAGAGUCCGCGUCUCUUUUGGGGAGGGGGCCGCCUGUCCUUUGAGUUGAUCUCUGUGUCUAGAUAGACUGCCUGGAUCAUUGUGUGUGCGUGUGUGUUUCAGAUGCUGUGGGGGGUGGGGUGGGGGGAGAAGAGAGAGAAUGGGAACUCUGUCCUCCCUUGAGGUGCUAGCUUUCUCCACGCAGGGAGACUUUUCAGUUCUGUUUGGAAAUACAAACACCCCUCCCUCCCAAAGCCGGUCCAGGAUUCUGCAGGGGGUCCUUUACUGUGGGGGAACUGAGGAAAGAGGUGGGGGGGGGGUUUCAUUUUGUGCACCCUUGCAUGCCUUUUCUGGGUCUGUGUUCUCCCCAGCGCUGCCAUUGUCUGCCUUGUGCUGCCUCAGAAGGGACUGGCUGGAGAAGCACCCGCAAAGCCAACUGUGGGGGGGGAACAGCCUCCUAUUGCUCCCCCCCCCAUGAAGGGAGGGAUUGAGUUUCAGGCUGGAAAGCAGCAAGUGAGCCCAGAUGCCUUUAGGAGGGAAGCUGUGGAGAGAGACGGUGCCUUUAGCAGAGCCUGGGGGGGUGGGGGAUGCUUUGCCCUCCCCCCUCCAUAUAUUGGGGCAGGGGGCUGACCUGGGCACUAGAACGGCCGGUGCCAAAGCCGAGGCAGCUCCCUUGCCAACCCUGAUAGCGCUUCCUCCCCCCACCCCCAAGUGGCCUGCAGCCAAAAGGAAGGAGGUGACCCAACCCGAAGCCUUCAGUUGCCCACCCCCACUUUGGUUCCCCCACAACUACUCCCCUCCCCCCCGUCUGCUGAAGAAAAGGGGGUGCACCACAAUCCAGGGAGGGAAGUCGCUUGGAAGGAUAGCGAUGAAUUUUGCACUUUUGAUAUGGGGGGGGGGAGGUGUCAGGGAAUAAAUAAUUUAUUGGGCAGCCUUUUCUCCCCCUCCCCCACCCCUCCCCGGGUAUCUGUGAACAAGCCCUGCCUUCAUGGGGGGGUGGGUUGGUUUGCUUGAAGACUCUGAAAACAGUUUGAAGCUGAAAUAAAAUAAACUUAUUUUAAUGUCUGGC